AUGGCCCAGAGUGUGGUCUACGCCGACCUGAAGUUUGCCGCGGUCCCCCCGCUCACUGCCCCUGCCUGCCCCACAGCCCCCCAUGAGGAUGACAGCCCCUACGAGAACGUGCCGCUGGGGUCGGUGCCUGCAGCACCCAGCCCAGGGCACUGGCCCCGGCCUAGGCGCAUCCCUAUGGGACUGCUGGCAGCCAGCCUGCUGCUGCUGCUGGUGGCCACCGUGGCCCUGGGGGCUUGCUACUGGCAGGUCACCCGCAGCCUGCAGGACACCUCCCGUCAGCACGCAGCCGAGCAGGGCCGGCUCUCGCAGGAGGUGAGCGCACAGGAGCAGAGCCUGGAGCAGGCACAGCUGGAGCUGGCGUGGGCCAGAGCAGAGCUGCAGCGAACGUGGAGGGAGGGCAACAGCAGCCAGCUGGAGAUGGGGAGCCUGAACGCUGAGCUGAGGAGCCGGGAUGCUGAGCUGGGGCAUGCCAGGCAGCAGCUGGCUGUGCUGGAGAAGCAGAUACAGGAGGUGCGGGGGGAGCUCAGGGCCAGUGAGAGCGCUGUGAGCAGCCUGCGUGCGUGCGUGAACACAGAUUGCUGCCCCUCGGGCUGGGUGCUCUACAGGGGCAAAUGCCUCUUCAUCUCGGUGUUGAAGAAGACAUGGUGGGAAAGCCGUGAUGACUGCAGACAGAAAUCCGCUCAGCUGCUGGUCCAAGGCAACUGGCCAUCCUGGACGCUGACGUAUAUGGCACAAAAUGCUACGGGGAGAGAAGCAGUCGACCGCCUGCCCCAUGCCCAGCAUCCACCUGAUGCCCAGGAGCGCCGGGGCCAGCCAUGA